GAAAAAAACAACGAAAACCACAACGGCAACGACAACAAAAACAACAACAAAAACCACAACGGCAACGACAACAAAACAACAACGAAAACCACAACGGCAACGACAACAAAAACAACAACGAAAACCACAACGCCAACAACAACAAAAACCACAACGCCAACUACAACGACAACAACAACAAGAACCACAACAACAACUACAACGAGAACAAGAAUGGAAAAAGUGGAAAAGAUAG